GGAGAAGAGACAGAGGAGAGGAGGAGAAGAAGAAGAGGAGGAGAAGAAGAGAGAGAGAGAGAGAUGCCCGCUGGACGGAUGGAUUUUAAUUUCCCUGAAAGCUGAACGAGCCUCUGUGAAACAACAUGGGCUGCAUCGGAUCCCGGACGAUCACAGCUGUGGAUUCGGUUCCGGUGAGGAAAGAUGGAGAUCAGUUGUCCAUGGAGGACACUACUUCCAUCCUGCCCCGUAACAACAGGAAGUCCAACGACAGCUACGGGAUCGGGGCUCUGGCUAAGUCGUCUCUGACAGGCGUGAGUCGCUCCAUGAAGGACAAAGUGACCAAGCCCACCGCCAUGGCUCAGGGCCGCGUCGCUCACAUGAUCGAGUGGCAGAGCUGGGGCAAACCAACCGCGGGGCCGCUGGGGGGCACGGGACACUCCAACCUGCAGAGGGAGAAGAUGAGGAGGCUGGAGAACGACGCGUACAGCGACCUCAGCGACGGCGAGAAGGAGGCGCGCUUUGCUGCAGGCAUCAUGCAGCAGUUUGCCAUCUCCGAGGCGACCCUGUUCGGGUGGACCUCCAUGGACGGGGAGAGUUUGGGCGCCGGCUCCAACCAGGGCAGCGUGGCUCACCUGAGCGAGGUCAACCAGGAGAGCAUCACCAGCAGAGACCAGGUGCUGCACCACUCCGCUGCAGACGUGUGGCCUCACACCUACGUCUCACAGGGCCUGUAUUGCCUGUCGUCCUCAGAUGCCUGGGACCCAAUCACCAGCCAGCCCUCGGGCGUGGCCUCCCCCGCUGCCGGCUCGUACAUCAUGGCUGCCGGUGGCAGCAACGGAGUGGGGGGAACGCCCAGCGACGGGUUCGAGGGCUCGGUCGGGAGCUUCAUCCAGCAGCACCAGGCUCAGCUGGCCCUGCAGCAGCACAGCCAGCUGCAGCACCUCCAGCAGCUCCACCACUACCAGCAGCAGAUCCUGCAGUACCAGCAGCAACAGACGAUGGAGCACAGGCUACACAGCGGCUCCCCCUCCCUCCAGGCCACGCCCAACAGCACCAUCCACAGCCUGUGCCCCCCCACCCACCCGCGCCUGGCCGACCUGUGGGGGGCGGCGCAGGUGGAGCCGCACCAGGUGGACAUGGCUGGGCAGCUGAGUGGACUGAUGGCUGAACUGGUCGGAGGACUGGUGGAGACGGUCGGGGAGGAGCCCGAGCUCGAGUCGGAAGACUUCAUGGAGCGGUACGAAGAGGAAGAGGAGGAGCUGACGAAGGUACAAGAGGUCACAUUGACCUUGGAGCCGGAGCGCUACUCUCUGAGCCCGUCCCCGCUGCGGGAGGACGUCCACUCGACCAGAGGUUCAAGUCCCGGACUCUCAGCGCAGAGCAUCGAGUUCAUGAAGCCGAGGAAACCCUUCGAGGUGACGCCCUGUGUCGUCCAGUCGCUGGAGGAGAAGGACGAGGAGGCGGAGGAGGGCUCGGUCGUGUUCGUGGCGACCAAUUGAAUCAGUCGAUCACAAACUGACAAUAACAAGAAAUAAAGACUCCAAUAAUCAAUCAUCAAGCUAUUGUCCCAGCCCCCUCCCACCUAUUUACCCACUCUGAGCAGCUGGGAGAAGACUUCUUUCAGAUGGAAACGUUGGAUGUAAUGUAAACAGACUUGACGCCAAGAAGCCCCAAAGGUCAACGAGGGACAUGUGGAAUAUAACAGAAUGAGACGAUGAACUAAUAAACUCUGUGGCAGGUGACGAACUAAGAUUCAGUGACUUCUGAACGGCGCCCUGCGAGGGGAGAUCGAUUCUCGGUUCCACCUCCGGGAUCAGAAGCCGAACAGGCGGAUGUGAAAUCCUCAAAAAGAGACAACGUAGGACCAGAGGAAGAAGACAGGGCCUAGCUUCGAAACAAUUCAGUGCAAUACAACCAACACGGACACGACCAGACGUUGGGUCAAACGGUUCUUUGCAAGUAACCCGGAGUGCAGCAGAAGUGUGUGUGUGUGUGUGUGAGUGUGAGUGUGAGUGUGAGUGUGAGUGUGAGUGUGUGUGUGUGUGUGUGUGUGUGUGUGUGUGUGUGGGUGUGGGUGUGUGAUGUGAGAAAACCUGCAGGAGAAUAAACUAGACCUGGUCAGGGAGUCGUCUGAUGUUCCACGUGUGUUGGGGUUUGAUUGACAGCUUGUCUGAGCGGCUGUGAUGUCGUGAACCCGGUCGAAUGCGACGCUCACAGCGUGUGGCGUGUGGCGUGUAGCGUGUGGCGUGUGGCGUGUAGCGUGUGGCGUGUAGCGUGCACUCAGAGUCAUCUGCAAACGCGUGAUCUGGACUCAACCAACAGCAAAGUGCAUGCAUUCUAACAGUGACCUAGCCCUACCAGUGUAACACAGUAAACAAAGUAAUAACAUAUCAAAGUGCUUUUUAUAAUAAAAGAAGAAAAUCCAAUAAACUGAUAUGUAUUUGUACGACUGUAAGACUUGUAUGUAUGUAAUGUUUGUUUGUAUGAAUGUAGCUUUUGUCUGUGUGUAAAAUAUAUAUAUAUAUAUAUUCUGGGAAUCUUUCUUCUGGCUGCUGUUCUGUUCCAGUUUCACUACUGGUUGUUGUUGUUCUCACCAUCAAGGUGCUGGUUUACAGGACUGUAAACAAAGAAGGAUGAUGUGACGGCUCCUGAAGGUGAAGACUAAUCUUCUUUACGUUUUGAAUUGUUUAUUUGAAUCUAAAGAAAAUGAACUGAAACUUAAAGUUGGUUUUCAAGCUUCAGUGUGGAUGUGGAAGGUUUGUCUCCAGAGUCGUUUCCCUUCUAACUGUUUCACUGCCUUGCUCAUUACCCCGUGCCUGGAGGCAGAGUAGUGCCCUCGCUCAUUGAGGCUUUGUGUGUUUGUUGUGGUUCCACUUUAAAAAGCCGGUUGCAAAUGGUGGGUUUUUGUUUCAGCUGCUUCAACAUGAGAAUCUAGAUGAUAAACAAAAACAGAGGAAGUUAUUUGUCACGUGUCACGUGAGAUGAUAAAGAUUAUUUUUCGUUCUGUUUUAUUGUCAUUGAUGGAAACAU